GUGCUGGGUGGGAUUAUCCUUGUUUCUUUAGCAGCGAGAGCGGCUUCGGCCAAGCUGAACAGAGUGGCAGGUAUGGAGGGGUCUGCGGCUGCCCAAGACAUGAAGGACGCGGGUCGUUCUUUUGCUGCGGGAGUGAAGAACGCGGCAGUGUCUGCGAAGCACAAGAUCCAAUCGGCGGCGGCCGCGGUUCGCGGUCGUGCGGAUGAAAUGGAGGAGAAGCGUUCUGCGAAGGCGUCGAGUAAAGCGACGAAGAACGCGUUGUUGGAUGCGGCCAAAAAGACUGAAGAUGCGAAAUCGAUCAAUUGCGCACAGGCCAAGUCUGAGAUGCAGGCGUUGCACGCAGGAUACGUGGGUCUGGGUGAUGUCGGUAAGGCCGCGGCGCGUAAGGCGAAGCACUUCCACUAUUGCCCUACACCGGCCAUGGCACCUGACGCUGUGAAAGGCGUGAUUACCUACCAGGCCAUGUCCAAGAAGCCAAUGGGAAAGCCUAAGCGCAUGAACUCGAUGAAGGUGGAAAACAAUCAACGUCGCGAAUUAGCCGCCUUCGAAGACAAGGCAAAACAACCUACCAUGGCCGGCGCCAAAACCGCAAACCAAGCAUCGAACGCCGGGUUCCUUGGCCUCGCCGAUAUCGGUAAAGAAGCCGCCAAGGCCGCCAAACACUUCCACUAUACACCCACACCCGGUGCCGCACCUGACGCCGUCAAAGGCGUAAUCAGCUAUCAAGCCGCCGCUACGAAACCCCUUGGCAAACCCAAACGCAUGCCCUCACUCAAGAACAAACCCGCUCUCAAGAGCCCGCAGGUCGCCAAUGCUAGUGCUGCCUUCGACGACAAACACGCCCGCAACAAAGCCUUCGCCGGCCUCUCCGUCACGGCACGCGACAAUGUCGUCCAGGCCGCCCCCUCCCCCGUCCAGGCUCAGAUCCAGGUCGACAAGAAGCAGUUGAGCGCUCAGGCCAAGCCCCCCCAGCAGGCUGGCGCCAAACGCCAGGCGAAGAAGAGCUCCGGGCACGCUGACGCCGUCGGCAUGGCCGCCGCGCCCGCCUUGCUCAGUGUGGCCACCAAGUCACCUGCUGCCAGCAGCGCCUCCGCCAGCUCGGUCUCGGCCAGCUCGGUCUCCGCCAGCUCGGUCUCCUCCGUUUCGGCCUCAGCCAAGUCGCCUGCGGCCUCUUCCGCCGCGCCCUCAGGCCUGUCCGAGAUCCCCUCGUCGCGCGGCUGGGGUGGAGCCGGUGUGAACUCGGCGGUAGCCGUCAAGACGCCCAUGGCGUCCUCCGCUUCCGCCUCUCCCGCCGCCCCCUCACCCGCCGUAGCUCAGCAGACUCCCUCAGUCGCCGACAAGAAGACCUUAGCUGUUGGCUCGGCACCCGACAGAAGGAUCACCUUGGAACAGCUCGCCAAAAUGCGCCAGGCUGAACGUGACGCCAAGAUCUCCAGCAACGUCCAGGCCAAGCAGCCAGUAGCAGUACAGGCUAAACAGCCAGUGGCAGCCCAAGCCAAGCCGGUGGCAGUGACCAAGGAGAUCAUUCCGACUGGACCCGCACGCGUGGUCCGGACGGAACCGUCGGCGGCCUCGGGACUGGGCGUGGCGGCGGCGAGCCGCACAAGUAUCGCGACGGACAUGAAGCACGGUGCCAAGUCGCUGGCCAAAGCGACGGAGCACGGUGCAACGAACCUGAUGCACGGAAUGCAGUCAGCCGGAGAGAAAGCCGCCGACCAGGCGGAGAUCUUUGCUGAGGAGUCCAAGGAAUUCGCUAAGACGGCUAAGGAUGCGCUAAAGUCCACCGCCAAGAGCACUGGUCAGAACAUCAAGUCCGCUUUCAAGAAGACCGGCGACUGGAUCAAGAGCAAGACCAGCAAGACCCCACUCGCCCUUCAGGCCAAGGCACCCAUGCUCGUCGCAGCGCCUGCGCCCGACGCACAGGCCACUCAGGAGCCCAUGAUCAGCGUCACUCGCAAAGUUGAGGUACUCCGCGAUGGCAAACUCGUCCCCAUUUCGGAAGAGACCAAGGAAGUCCCCGCCUCCCAUGCCAAAGCUGGCACUGUUGAACCACCCAACGGAAUGACGCUCCUCAAAAAGAGCGUCCUUCGAGCCGACGACGACGGACAUGUCACCGUCGCACACUUCAGAGGUAAGAGCGACUUCUAG